UUUCAUUGCAAGAUCACAUACUUAUUUUAGUAAUCUUGCUGCAACUAAUUAUAGAUUUCAAGUCUUGCAAACUCAGUACGUAUGCUUGCUAACCUGGAUGAGCCAGUUGGUCGCAUUUUAAAGAGGACUGAGCUAGACAUGGAAUUUAUUCAAUGUGACAUCAAUAACUUAAAAUGGAGAGGUCAGAUUGUUGAAACAAUGGUUAUGAAUCCAUCUUUUGGAACACAAAGGAAAGGUGCUGACAUGUUUCUUCCACCAAAUAAUGCUCAUGUAGGUGGUUGGAUUUACAGGUGGAAGAAAUAUGCCAACCAUGAUGCAGAGCAAACAUGUUAUAAAUUGGACAAUCCACAUGGUUAUCCACAUAAAGCAACGAUGGUAUCGACUCGAGUUAACUUCCUGCUGUUGGAGUUUUAACAUUUUAUCUAUAAAAAAAAAUUUAAAUCUCAAGAUUUAUGUAAUGUCAUAUCAUGUCCUAAUAUGUGUGGAUUACUUUCUAUACCCAUACUA